UCCAAACUUGUAUUCCAGGAACCUUCCAGUUCCGCGAGUUCGGCCAAUACAGCAUCAACCUAACGGAGAAAGGGAACAAAUGCAGCCCGCAAAUGACCGCGGAGCCCGACGAGGCGUCGCUGCCGAUCCUCACGGCGGUGGUCAUCCUGCUGUCCAUGGCUACUCUGUGGUAUAUCGUCAAGGGCAUCGGCAAGCGCGUCAUCGCUGGGAGACUGUACGCGAGGUACUUUGCCAGGGAAGACAACGAGCUCGGCUCGGAGACCCCGGUCUUGAUGGAAGUCACCCCGCGCUCGCCAACGCGCUCCCGGCUGCGAUCCUUGGACAUAUUCCGGGGGCUGGCCAUCGCUCUCAUGAUCUUCGUGAACGCCGGCGGCGGCGGCUACGCGGUAUUCUCUCACAGCGUAUGGAACGGCCUCACGGUGGCUGACGUGGUCUUCCCAUGGUUCGCCUUCGCUAUGGGAGAGGCUCUUGUAUUGUCACUUAAUGGUCGCUUGAGGACCUCUCUGCCUAGGAUUACAGCUUUUUAUCAGGUGGCCCGUCGCUCGCUCGUGCUAGCUCUAAUCGGCAUAGUGCUGAGCUCACAACUGGUAUCCUGGGAACACGUUCGACUCCCGGGCGUGUUACAGCGCCUGGCUGCUAUGUACUUAAUAGUCGGGGCCUUGGAGUGCACCUUCAUGCCUACCAGCCAGAAUAUUACUCCUGGUCGUUCCUUGCUCCGUGACAUCACUGCUGGUUGGCGCCAGUGGCUGAUCACAAUGGUACUCGUCGGCAUACAAGUGGUGAUAACGUUGACUGUCCCCGCGCCCGGCUGUCCCCGCGGGUACAUGGGCCCCGGCGGGCUCCACCUGUCCGCGGCCGGCCAGCAGCUGCAGAACUGUACCGGCGGCGUCGCGGGACACGUCGACAGAUUGAUACUUGGCCCCUCCCACUUAUACCAGAAGGGUACCUUCCGUCAGUUGUACCACACGUCGCUGCCGCACGACCCUGAAGGCAUCUUGGGGAUACUAUCUGGAGUGAUGGUGGUCCAAGCAGGAGCUCAUGCUAUGAGGAUCAUGCUGGCUUAUAACCACGCCAGGGCCCGAAUCAUGCGCUGGGUAUUCUGGUCGAUCAUUUUCGCGGUAACCAGUGGCGCUCUCUGCGAAUUCUCCAAGAACGGCGGCCCGAUACCCAUCAACAAGAAUCUAUGGUCGCUGUCCUACUGCUUGGCGACGUCGUCUAUGGCUCUAUUCCUGCAAGCGUUGCUGUACUUUGUGGUGGAUUUGAAACAGAAGUGGGGCGGUCGCCCGUUGUACUAUGCUGGUCAAAACGCGCUAUUCCUGUACAUCGGCAGCGAGCUCCUCAAGCGGCACUUCCCUCUCCACUACGCCAUCCCGGCACCCACACACGCACAACUGCUGGCCACACACGCGGCCGCCAUGUUGAUCUGGCUCGCGGUGGGCGUGGCCUUGUACAAGAAACGCGUCUUUAUCACCUUGUAA